AUGCUUUCUGCCUUCCGCCACUUGUUCUCCUCCCCCUCCUCGUCGUCGUCGUCGUCGUCGUCGUCGUCCUCCUCCUCCUCCUCCUCCUCCUCCUCCUACUCGUAUUCCUCUCCUUCUCAUCCUCGUCCUCGUCCUCGUCCUCCUUCGAGCCUUCGAGCUUCGGGUUUGUCUGUGCGUAGCGACGCUGGAGCCCUCGCAGCCCGCCUCCUCCUCCUCCUCUUCCUCAUACCUCUCCUCCUCCUCCUCCUCCUCCUCCUCCUCCUCCUCCUCCUCCACCUUUUCCUUCUCCUCCUCCUCCUCUUCUUUUCUUCCUCCUCCUCCUCCUCCUCCUCUCCUGAUCCUCGCCUACGCUCUCCCUUCCUGCUGCAGGCGAGGCGGCGACCGCUGCGCCGAUUCUUCGGCGGGGGCGAGAAGAAGGAGGAGGCAAAGGAGGAGGAGCUCACGGAGGCUCAGAAGAUUGCGAUCGAGCAGCUCCAGGCGGAGGUGGACGAGUUUAAGACCAUCGUCGAGGAUAAGAAGAGCUCCUUGCAGCGCAUGAAGCUCGAGAUGUCCAACUUCCGGUCCCGCACCGCGGCGGAGCUGAACGCCGAGCGCGGCAAAGCAGUCCUGCCCAUCAUUAAGGAGCUGCUGCCCAUCGCCGAUGAGUACGACCUGGCCGUGCAGAACCUGAAAAUCGAGGGCGACGGGGAGCGGGCGAUCGCGGACCGAUUCGCGGGGCUCUUCGAGAAGAUCUUCAAGUCCUGGAAGGAGGUGGGCGUUGAGAAGCUCGUGUCGGUGGGCGAGGAGUUCGACCCCGAGCUCCACGAGGCGGUGUCCAUGAUCCCCUCCGAGGAGUACGUGGCCGACAAGGUCUGCAACGAGCUGCGGGCAGGCUGGGUGCUGCGCACGAAGGGCAGCGACGCGCCGCAGUGCCUGCGGCCCUCGCUCGUCUGCGUGAGUGCUGGCCCCGGCCCGUCGUAGGCCCCCGAUCGGCCUCCUCCUCGCUCCUCCUCCUCCUCGCUCCUCCUCCUC